UUUUAUUAUUAUUAAAUCGGACAAUUAUGAAAAUACCUUUCGCUUUUUUUUUAUUUAUCAAAUCUUUUAAAAUUUUCGUUUAUUUUUUUUUAACUUCAUUUAAUCUCGCACAUCGCGUCGCAUUUAUCUUAAUGCUAUUCGGGAGUUUAAAAAAAAGUUUUCAAUAUAUUUCUUUUUCUUUUUUUUCGCGUUUUAGUUUGUAAAUAUUAAAUAUUAUUUUCGAAUAUCGAAUUUACAUACAUAUAUUUUUAUAUAUAUAAAAAAAUAUAUACAUACAUAUAUAUAUAAUAUAAUAUAUAUAUAUAUAUAUAUUUUCUUUU